AUAAUUUCCAGAUUUUUGACAAGGCGUACGAAACAAAAACGAAAAUCAAGGCUAGCUUUACAAUUAACUGAAAACUCGCGGGAAAAUUUUUUGUAUCCGAGCAAGUGAUAAAUAUCAUGGGUGACAUGCAGCACGAGGAAAGAAUACCACAGAACUUAAGUUCGCCAAAUUCUUCCUCCUUCAAUGCCGAUGAACCGCCCAUGGUUUUCCAGUGUUCCCAAUGCAAUGUUAUUGUUGGAGAUUCCACGGCAUGGGUUUGCGUUGAUGACAUUUCACGGACCAUUACACUGAAAAAUAUUACAAAUGCUGUAGUGGAAGAUGAAGAAAUGAAGAUUGCCAGUACAGGCUUUGAUGCUGGAAGUACUUAUUACAAGAUGUCUUGUGCCACCUGUCGGGAAGAGAUUGGCAGGAGAUAUAAAGGAGCUGUCAAUCACAUGGAUUCAGCUCGGGGAAUGUACACCCUGUUUGUGGACAAGUUAUCAAGCUACCAGAUUGGAAGCUACGACCGAGAUGUGACGGAUUCAAAUGCAGAUAUGUCAGACAUCCUCAGUAUGGCCAAAGUUAGAGAUAUAAAUAUGCAGAUAUCUAGGCUUGGUGCCAUCAUGCAGGAGAUCAGUGAGAGACUCCAGAUGUUGGAACAAGGGUACCUGUCCCAGGGUGGGGACGACAACAUGAGUGUGAGGAGCAUGUCUUACCCCAGCAGCUGUGUCAGCGUGCCGCAAAGGCUCAUCUCCCCCUCCCCAAAGCCAAGUCGCAUCUUUAAUGAAUGUCAAAUACCCCAUCCACAAAACAGCAAGAAUAAUGCUGUGUUUAAGGUACCCCAUGUAAGGCAUCCCCAACAGCUUGCCAGUUAUCAGGACAACCAUUCCAGCAGCAUACAAAGCACCUAUUCCCAUCUGGAACAGUUCCACAAGGUGGACCAGCAAGAGCGCCCUCUAGGUGUGGAUCCGGAGGAGACCUUCCAAAGCCAUGCCCACAAUCACAUCAGAAACUUUCACAGCAACAACGCUAGGCAACAAAGGAGAAACUCGCUAAACAUUGAAAAUGUUCCACAGAGCUUCAGAAGAGGGCUUACAGGUCCAUGUAAUGGGAUCCCAAAAAAUUUCAGUUCAAGUGAACAGAACAAGGAGAAGAUGGGCAAUCGUGAGGAGACAGCAGAUGGCAACAGAGUUAGUUCCACACUGCGGAGUAAAUCAAAACGCAAGGAGGCCUCUAGCGAUGACCCUCUACAGGUCAUGAUGAGCAGGCGAUGUAAAAGACGUGUUUAAGUCGGUUCUUGAUGGUGGCUGAGGUUGUUUUCAUUUUAUGUAAUGAAAUAUCUAUGAAUUAGUUUAGGUAGAGCUUAUAUGAAUACAUGUAUGUAUGAAUCUUUGUAAUUCCUAAUUUAAAUGUGAUUGUACUUGCAUGUUGAAGCAUGCAUUCUGAAUUGAAUUUAACAACAUAUUGGUCAAUAACUAGUUUCAUUGGUUACUCUUUAAUAUUGUUAAAAGACAAUACCUAUUAUUGCAUUAUUAUAACAGAAAGUGUAUAAAUAAAAUCGCAACAGGUGCCCUUACUGGUACUGAGAAGAGAGUUCUAUUCAGUCUGUUUACAGCUCUCUGUGAGAAUGUGGCUGAGGGUGCUCUCGUUUUUAUUAGCUUUUCUGUUCAAGAUUUGGCUGUUGUCUGUAGUCGUUAUUGUAUUUUCACACUCGCAUCCUCUUCUGUAGAACCACUGGGCCAAUUUCAACCAAACUUGGCACAAAGCGUCAUUUGGGAUUCAAGUUUGUUCCAAGGCAGGGUCAUGCACUCUUUAAAGGGGAAAUAAUUUAGAAUUACUCAAAAUUUGUUGAUAAUUAUGCCCCCAACAGUUUCUGUUCAUUUUUUCUCAGAGGAUGCACACAUUGAAAUGAAAUUUGGUAUACAGUUUAAUCAUAAUAUCUAGGUCAAGUUUGAUUUUGGGUACAAUCGAGCAAUUUUUGAUAGAGUUACCGGUAUGCCCCUUGGUUGUAGAAAAUUCCAGUUAUUUGCAGUUUCUGUUCAUUUUCUUCACAGAGGAUGCACAUAUAUUAAAUGAAAUUUGGUAUACAGGUUUAUCAUAAUAAUGUCUAUGUUAAGUUUAAUUUUGGAUACAAUCAAGCAUUUCUUGACAGAGUUAUGCCCCUUGGACUUAAAAAUUUUCAAUUAUUUGCAGUUUCCAUUCAUUUUCUUCGCAGAUGUUUCCAAGGGAGGGGGACAUAAGUGUUUUACAAACAUCUCUUUUUGUUUCAAAAAUCUUCUCUAAAACCAUUUGGUGGAAGCAUUCUCUGGAAAUUUAGAAAUCAAUUUUCCUGGGGGUUGGAUGGGACGUCAAAAGGGGGGGGGGAGGUGAAGUUUAUAUAAGAAAAUAUAGAGAAAAUCUUUAAAAUUCUCCUCAAAAAUCAUUUGUCCAGAAUAGCUCAGUAUGUGUGAAAGCAUCUGUAAUUUGUGUAGAUUUAAGUUUGUUCAAAUCAUGAUCUAAGGGAGUAGGGUUGGGCCAUAAUGGGGGGUGAUGUUUUACAAAGGAAUAUAUAGAGAAAAUAUUUUAAAAUCUUCUCAAAAACCAUUUGAUUAAAAAAAGCUCAAAUCUGUUUGGAGGGCUCCUCAGGUAGUGGUGAAUUAAAUUUGUUCAAAUCAUGGUCCUUAGGGGUAGGAUGGGGCCACAACUAGUACAUGAAGUUUUACAAAGGAGUAAACAUUAAAACUUCUCAUAAACCAAUUGGCCAGAAAUCUCUUGGGGAAAAACUUGUGUAGAAGAAUCCUUAUAUAGAGGUGUAGAUUCAAGUUUGUUCAAAUCAGUCCCAGGGGUGGGGUGGGCCACAUUUGAGGAUGUCAAAUUCAUACGAAGGAAGAUGUAGAGAAAAAUCUUCUGUGCAUAGGUUGUGCAGAUUAAAGUUUGAUCAAACCAUGAUUCCUUGGAGAAAAUGGGGGGGGGAUUUUAAAAUCACUACUUAUGCAAAGGAAUAGAGAAAUAUUUCCUUGCAAAUACUUAAACAACAAAAGGGGCUUGAUAUUUACCAUGUGGAUUAAACUUUUCAUGCAAGGUCUACCAUACUUAUUUGUCAGCAUAUUUUGAAUUUGAUACUGCAAUGCUGAUUUGAUCAGCUUUUGUUGCCGAGGUGAGCUAUGUGGCCUGGGACUCUGGUUAUUGUUUUUUUCUUUGGACAAAUUCAGUCAAUCUGAUUAAAAUCAAAGUUUGAUUUUUUAAGUUUUUAUGAAGUUUAUUCAUACUUUAAUGUGGCAAAAUUUUAAAAAAAACUGAGAUAAAAAAGCUGCAUGAUUUGUUGGGAUUAUUUUGUUUCAUUGUUUUGUUUUUAUUUUUUUCUUAUUUAAGUAUAUUUUUUGUGCAUCUUGAAAGGAGGCAAUUUUUUUUUAUGUUUGGAUGUUUAAUUAAAAUGCUUGUAAAACCAUUAUCCUACUGAAGAAAUGUUGUUGUUUAAAAACACUAUCAAGACAUAAUAACAAGAUUCAUUUGGACAUAUUUUGGCAGGAUUUAUUCUUCUAAACCCUUUAUUAAAAAUUUAUUUUCAAUAAAAAACCACUCAUCACUGAAAUUGUUAAAUAGAAAAUAGUUUUUCAAAACAUUAUUUUGUUAACCAAAUCAAUCUCCGUUAUAUUAUAGAUUGUGUUGUUUCCAAAUUCAUGUCCUGUCAAGAAGCUUUAUCUGUGCUUCAAAGAAAUAAAGGUUUUUCAUGGA